AUGAGUGCCAUUUCAAAGGUCCAAAUGAAUACUGCAGAAUAUGCUUAUAUUCUUCCUUGGCUUCAAUCUGGACCUAAAGGCAUUAAAAAAAUAAAAAAUCUCGAAAAAAAAUUUUCAGACGCCUCGCCAUGGAUGGGAUCAACAGGAGAAGUACUUCAACAAGUUAAAGAUACUUAUGCAAAUGCUGUAAUUGUUGAUGAUGUGAAUGGAUUUGAUAAUGUUUUAGUUGAUACUUUUGUUAGUCGAAUAGAGAAAUUUGGAUUAGCAAAAGAAGACUUGGAUUUGACCAACACUUUUGCUUAUCUACAUUUAUAUGAUUCGUUAAAAUUGUAUGCAUUAGCUGUUCGGAAGGUAAUGAAUAAGACUGAUGAGGCUAAUCAAACGGCUGCUGUACUUGAUGGACAUCAAAUUUGGAGUGCAAUGAGACGACUUUCUUUUGACGGUGUUUUUUAG